UACCGUUUUUUUCUUUGAAUCAUUUUCAAUUUGUUCAGCGAAUUCAGCGUUGUGAAGCGUUUUUCUUUCUGUUGUAUUGUAACCGGAUAUUUUCCUUAUUUCCCGACAAUUCAGCGUGUUCCGAAAGCAUGGAAAGUGGGAAGAAGGAGUUAUUGAGCCCCAAGAGCCCCAAAAAGGAGAUGAAGGAGUGGCGACUGGGGCUCCAAACACCCCAAAUUCACACACCACGAUUCCAUUUGCGGGAAUUAGAGGAUUCAUUUUCCAAUGCGGAUGAGCCGACUUAUGACCAGCUGAAGAUUCUGUACGAGGAGAAGUGCAAGGAAGCAGAGGAAUUGGGGGAAUUCAAUAAGGUUGAGGACUUUGUGUAUGAAAAGGAGAUUAUUGAGUUAAAGGAGGAAGUGGAGAAGAGCAGGAAGAUUCAAUUGGAGAUGCAGAUGGCGUGUGACAGAGCAAAGAGGGAGAAAGAUGAAUGCCUCAGCAAUGUAGCUGGCAUGGAGAUGCAGUUGAGCCGGCUAAAGGAAAAAAUGGCAAUCAGGGAGCAAGAAUUGCUGAGUAGGAUUGAAAGUGCCGGCAGUAGGGAUGCCGUGAAUGCGCAGGAAGCAAUGAAGGAGCUCCAAAGGGAGAAUGAUCAGCUGAGGAAUGAGAUUGAAAGUGAAAGGAUGGCACGUGGAGAGGAAAUAAAGAAGAUGGAGAAGAUGUUGGUUGAUUUGAGGGAUGAAAUAAAUCAAUGCGAAAAAUCAAAGCAUGAUCGUGAGACAGAGCUUCUGCGUGAAAUUAACACACUCAAGGAGGGAACUGAGACCUCAGAGAAAUUGUCGGCAAUGCAAACAGAGCUGGAUAGCAUGCGGGAGACAAUACUUGAGCUGCAGAAGACAAUUUCCACGUUGGAAGAGGAGAAUAAGGAACUCUCCCUUAUGAUUCCCGAAGCGCCGAGUUUGCAGGGGGACACACUUGUGGAUAUGGAGCUGACACAGAUUCCGGGUGACAAUAUGUCCCUCAUGGAGAUGGAUCAGACUCUCCUGUGUGAGCUUGUGGGCGGUGCAAAGUCCUCCUCAGACAGCUACAGUGCUCAACAAAGAACCUUUGCAGCUUCCAUUGAGAUUCUCAGGAAGGAGAACACGAAUCUUGUGGAGGAGAAUGAGAAGCUAAGUGGGCAAUUGCUGGAGAAUGUUCAGGAAGUCGAUGAGCUGCGGAGUAGAGAAUUGGAGUACCUGAAGAAAAUCCAGCAACAACAGGAAGCCUACAAAAAGCUCGAAAUUGCCCAUAGAGCCAUUGAAGAUGCCCUCGCUGAUGCUGAAGCUUCCAUCUGUGUGCUUCAGCGGGAGAAGGAUGCCCUCGUGGAUGGGGAGACGACAAAACACACCACAUGGAAUGUGCAGAGGGAGAAGUUUGAACAGAAGAUCACCUUCUACGCGGAGAAAUCCACGCGUGAUGAUGAGAAGAUCAUGGAACUCAACAAAACCAUUGGAGACCUUGUUCUGCAGAAGGCAGAACUAGAGGAGCGCUGUGAAGCAUCUCAGACGGAGCUCUCGACCAAAAUUGAACUCACCACGGAGCUUGAGCUCAUGACGCAAAAGUACGCGGCAGCUGUUAAGGAGAGCUCCGAAAAUAGAACAAAGAUCGCUGAACUCGAUAAACUUCAGCAGGAGAAUGCUUCAUUGACGAUCCAAGUGGAUAAUUUGUUGUUUGAAGUGGAGACACUGCGGGAGAAGCAAUCUUCGGAUUACAUUCUCUUCCAGGAGAGGGAGACUGUAAUAGAUCAACAGAAGAAUCUCAUCAAGGAACUCGAAGAGGAGGUUAAGAGUGCAAAAGUCAACGUGGAGAGGAGUUCUCAGCAGCACAACAUUGAGCAUCAAGCGGAAAUUGCUUCCUUGAAGGCAUCUCAUGAGGAAUCUCUGGCAAAGUUGAGCUCUCAGCACAAUCUUGAGCAUCAAGCGGAGAUUGCAGCCCUUAAGGCAUCCCAUGAGGAAGCUCUAGCAAAGGUAAACAGAGAAAAAGAUUCCCUAAAGGCUGAGCUUGAGAAAUCCACCGAGGAAGGGGAAAAGAUCUCAAAAGACAAGGAGAAGUUCUUCACGGAAAAGCUCAAUCGAUGCCAGGAGCAAAUUGAACGGUACAACACGCAAAUUGAGAGACUCCUCGAGGAGAACACCAACCUCCAGGCGAUUACUAAGGAAUCUCAAGGCAAUGUGAAAACCAUCUGGGAGCUACGUGAGCAGAUUGCUGAGUAUCGUGACAAGGAGGUGCAGCUGAAUCAGGAGAAGAAUCAACUAAAGUGCAGUCAUGAUGAAGUUAUGAAGCAGUGCGCGCACCUUCACGAGGAAAUUCGGGGGCGCAAUGAGAAAAUUGGGGAAAUGCAGAAGGAAUUGAUGUUGCGCGAAAGUGAAGUGGAGAAGUUUUCAAAUCACCUUCAGCAGCUUCAGCUGAAGGAGAGUGAGACAAUGAAGACAAUUGAGGUGAUGCAGAGUGAGCAUGAAACACAGGUGACAGAUCUCAGGGGGAUCAUCAGUACGGAGAUUGAGGAGAAGCGACAGUUGCAGCUUGAAAAGGAGCAACUCAAUGCGAUUAACUGUGAACUCACAAAUGUCACGAAAGAACUGCGGAGGCUCCUCGAGGGGCUCAAGGGGGAUCUUGAGCGCCGUGAAUUGGCCCUUCAGGCGCAGCAAGAGUCCAAUAAAAUACUCCAGAAGGAAAUUGAUGAGAUUCGUAUAAAGCACAAAGAGGAGAUGCAGAUGAAGACUGAAAAGACGAGCACCGAAGAUUCCAAAUACAAAUGUCAGGUUGAUCAACUCCGUGAGAUUGUUACGUCGAAGAAUCACGCAUAUGAAGAACUCACAUCCAGCUACAAGAGUAUUCAGCAGAAAUUCAAUGCGCUGGAAAGCGAUAAUGAGGCCAAUAUUGCGGAAGUUGAGAAUUUGCGGCAGAAAGUCACGGAGAUGACGAAUUUGCAGAAGGAAGGUGAAAGGGCAAAGUUGGAGCUUGAACUGGAACUGGAGGAGAGAGUGAGUGAAGUGGAGGAACUCCGGAAAAAGCUCAAUGAGGGAGAUGGCAGCAGUGCCCUAAAGGAGGAGCUUGAGCUCUACAGGAGUCAGUGCGAUGAUCUCAAAAUGGAAGUUGUCUCACUGAAGGUAGCUCUGGAUGAGGGAAAAACAGACUUUGGCAAUUUGCUUGAGAAGAUGCGCGAGAAGACCGCAAAGAUUGAGAGUCUCGAGAGAACAAUUAAAUUCCACGAGGAGGGAACUCAGGCCAAGGCGGAUGAGAGAAAAAUUGCAGCCUGGCACGCUGAGAAGGAAGAGAUUCUGAAUGAAUACAAGGCGAUGAAGCAAAAGUUGGAGAAGAAAGUGAAAAAUCUCAAGGAUGCCAAUGAUAAUCUUGCAGGAGAGCGUGACUACUACCAGCUGAGAGCUGCAACAACUGCGGAGAAGGAGAAGGAGAUUAAUCUCCUCAAGGACAGUAUCAAGCGCAAGGAUAAAUCAAUUGAUAAACUCACAAAUAUGCUGAAAGAACAAUCAACUUCACGUCCCGGAAGUACGGAAACGGGGCAAAAGGAGAAGCGCAAGAGUGAUCGACAUUCCAUUCACGAUGGGAAUCGAAGUAUUGAUUUUUCAUUAGAAAAGGAUGCCUCCACAAUGACUGAUCCAACGGAUAAAAUGUGUCAAUGUGAAUAUUUGCACAGCAAAGUGGAGCGCCUGCAGAGGGAAGUAUCAGUGCUCAAGUACAAUUUGGACACGAUGAAGAAGCACAAUCCGCUGCACAAUGAGGUGCAAUUGCUGAAGAUGGACAUACUCAAUAAGGACGUUACCAUCAGCAAUUUGAGCCUGGAAGUGAAGAAUUUGGAGCAGGAAUUGCGGCGGGUGAUGCAGGAGAAGAAAUCCGUGGGUAGGCGUGUGCGGGACAUGUGUCACAUAGCCGUGCAAACGGAUGAGCUUCGUGCAAGGGAGGAACCCGUGCGGGAGCUCAUGGGAGGCAGGGAGAAGGAGAAUGAGGCCCAAAAUGGGAUUUUGCAUCCGACGGAGGAACUUCAAAUGCUCAAAGAGAAGUACAGCAAUCUCAAGAGAGCCUUCUUCAAGAUGAAAGCCAAAUAUGAGGAAUCUUAAUCUCUUCCCGCUCGCAACAGUUUACAUUCGCGCCAUCCACUUUGUGAUUUUUUGUACAAUAUUAAAUUAAUGAUUAAAAGAAGAUUAAUGAGAUAA